CGCGAGCUGAUUUAUGCGCCGCUGAAUUCUCGACACUCUAAUCGGGAAAUGUCUCAUAAUGCAAAUGAUACAAAUUAUGCAACAGAAUCUAUCGAGACAACUUUAAACUCUCAUGAUGCAAAUGAUAAGGAAUUUGUUCGACAACUUGAAAAACUUGAAACAAUCAACUCAAAUUACGCAACAGAAUCUAUCGAGAUAUCUUUUAACUGGGAUGAAAUAGCCGCUGGCAUAAAAAAUGUCGAAGGAGAGUGA